AUGAGGAGAGGGGAAGAGAAGGAGAGGAGGAUGAAAGGAGGAAGAGGAGGAGAGGAAGAGGAGGAGAAGAAAGAGAAGAGAAGAGAAGAGAAGAGAAGAAGAGAAGAGAAGAGAAGAGAAGAGAAGAGAAGAGAAGAGAAGAGGAGAGGAGCGGAGAGGAGAGGAGCGGAGCGGAGCGGAGCGGAGGAGCGGAGCGGAGAGGAGCGGAGAGGAGCGGAGAGGAGUAGGGGGAAGAGAGGUGAAGAGGAGGAGGUGGAGGAACAGAGGUGGAGGAACAGAGCAGGAGGAGAAGAGAAGGAGGAGAAGGAGAAGAGAAGGAGGAGAAGACGACGAGGAGAGGAGAAGAGGAGGAGAAGAGGAAGCGGAGGAGAAGAGGAAGAGGAGGAGAAGAAAGAGAAGGAGAAGAGGGUGAGGAGUAGGGGGAGGAGAAGAGAAUGA